AACCAUAUAACUGUCGAGUUGGUAUGAUACUAAUAAACAUGUGAUUGUUCAACUAAACUUCAACUAAUUCAAGUGUAGUUUCGUCGUCUUGUGACAGUGUAUGCUAUAGCAAAGAAUAAUAACUUGCGUAUAAAAUAAGGUUCACAAAUUUCAAACAAAUUGAGAAUAUGGUGAGGGCUUGGCAUAUCGAUGAGUCCAAAUUGGACGAAAACAAGCUAGAAUUGUCAGAGAAUGAGAGAGAACUUGUGAAUUUGGAGGAUUUGAAGGAACACACGGGAGUUUUAUACUGGAAACUGAACGCAGAUACUUACAAUGAGGAUGGAACUUUGGACGAAAUUCGAAAAUGUCGAGGAUAUACAUAUGCAGAUGAGAUCGAAGUUUCUUCUAAGACGUUGCCCAACUUUGAUGUCAUGAUCAAAAAGUUUGCAUCGGAGCAUCUGCACACAGACGAGGAAAUAAGGUUCAUUUUGGCUGGGAAAGGUUAUUUCGACGUUCGGGAUGCAAAUAGCGAUGACUGGAUUCGAAUAGAGGUUGUGGGUGGAGACUUGAUCAUCCUCCCGGCUGGAAUUUAUCAUAGACUUGUUCUGGAUAAGGAUCGGUACAUUAAAGCCAAACGUAAUAUAAAUUAUAGUUUUUCAUUGGAGCGCCAGUAUGGACCGCACAUGAAAGAGGUAAUCCGAUAACCCAUGGCUUAUCGGAUGAAAUGGAUUCUCGUAAAGCAUAUCUUGCAAAAUAUAAGAAGCCAGUUUCUUCAUAAACAACCAGGAAUUUGAUAUUGUGAAUACAUGUAUGAAUUAUGUAUAAAUUUAAAAUUAUACAUAAUUACAUGUGUAUGAUUCACCCAACAUAAGAUAUUAACCUUCCAUAUUUUGGACAUAUGUAAAAAUAAAAUCAUAAACAAAUUCGUUUCAUAAUUACCGAGGUGUUUUACAACGGUACAUAAUACGCUGAAUAAAUAACUAUAUAUGUACGUACUUA